AGGAGCUUGUUUUUUGGAGAGUGAAGACAUAUAAUUGCUGUUGAAUGAUUGCAAGAAAAAAGCUAUGUUUGUUGCCAGCACCGGCUCGAAAGCGCUGAGACGACGCCGCCGCCGGAGUUGUCAUCAAACGAGAAGUCCUUCCGCUCCACCCGGCCUCGACCCCGGAUUUCUGUAAGUCGUAAACAGGACGAGAGACAACGCGUGUCACCUCCGGUCAUCUCGAUCGCCGUCUUACCGCUCCACCUAAGGCGAGAACUACGAAAACAUGGAGACGCAAUCGCGGAACUCGUUUCAGACGGCGCUGACCGUCGAACCGGAGAAGGUCGCGUUCCGGGACAUCGAGGUGGGUGUUUCGUACCGGCAACAGAUCGUGAUCCGCAAUGUGACGGCGCACGCGCGGCGGAUCCGGUUCGUGGCCCCCGGCGUGAAAUCCGGGCAGGCGAGGAAUGACAGUAAGUUUCGGCUCAUUUACGACAACAAGCUGGCGAUCUCACCGGGACUCGCGAUCACGGUGGAAGUCGAAUUCUGCUCCAUCGUGGAGCCGGGCGACUAUGUCGACCGCUUGCUGGUGGUCAGCGACGACUUCCGGUUCGAAGUGCCACUGCAGGCGACCAUGCCUUGCGCGAUACUGGAUUUCACACGAUUUCUCAACUUUGGUAACGUGAUCGUGCAGAAAAAGUUCGCAGAGGAACUCACGAUCUACAACACCGGGUCCCGACCCGGCGGCUUCGAGUUUCCGGAUGCCAUUCGCAGCGAAAACUUCGCGCUCGAGUACCAGCCCUCGUCCGGCGAGGUCCCGGCUCGCGGCAGCACCACGGUGAAUCUGGAACUCACCUGCUACGACACGCCACACACGGUGCACGAGCUUCUGGAUGUGAACCUGAAGAAUCAAAGUUCGCUCGUCGCCAACAAGAAGUCGCUGGACAUUCACGGGACGAUCCUGCGGCAGAACCUGCACGCCAUCUACGACGCGCAGGAGAUCAAGGAGUUGGGGUUCGGCCACGCGUACUUCGGCACGACGGUGGUGAAGACGAUACAGUUACUCAACGACGGCCCCGAGCCGCUCAGCUUCAUCGCGUACGUGCAGAACCAAAGGAACGAAGACGGGAACGCCACCAACCUUGAGCCGAUCUCGGAUAGCCAGACGAUCAAAAACUCGUACGUGAUUUCGCCCUCCAACGGCACGGUGCCCGAGUUCGGCAGUCUUCCCGUGACCAUCACGUUCCAGCCACCUCCCUAUGAGGAAACGAAGGGGUUCGUCUGUACGCGCCGCCCGCAGGACAAAUUGUUCGACUUCGGGGUGCAAUUUUUCAUCGAAUCCGAGGAGUUACGCGAGGACCAAACCGUGGAGCUCCAGCUCCGCAGUAAGGCCUUGGUCCCGGCGCUGAAGGCCACACCGGAAGCGCUGCAGUUCGGGUUGUGCGACACGAACGACAGGAGAGACGUCGUCGUGAAAUUAGAGAACACACACGACGUGCUGCCCGUGGACUUCGACAUCCCCAUCGUGCCGAACUACCGCUGCACGCCGAGCAAGGGACAGCUUCUGCCCCGGCAAGUGAUCAACAUCACCGUCAGCUUUCUGCCGAAGCAGCUCGGUGUGUUUCAACAGCAACUGGAAGUCAAAUACUGCAAAAAUCUGUACUUCUUGAAUGUGGUGUUAUUUUCGAACAUAUGUUUCGAUCAUGUUGAUGCGUGUGGGUCUACUGUUUGUUUCACGGUAGAAAGACAAAGAUGAGUGAGUAUUCCUCAAGUGUGCGCUCGCAUGAAAAAUCACCAAUUCAGGUACACCGUGGUGCUUUACCUGAUCGGCGAAUCCGUAAAGAUGGGGUACAAGCAGAAGCAGGUCAAAGGGCUGGAAAAGGUUGCCGCGGACUUUGAACCGCAGUACCACUACGUGAAUGUGGAGGAAUUGUUCACGACCGCACCGCCGUUCAAAAGACAAAUGUCGACGCUCACCGCUAUCAUGAAGGCGGACGUGCAGUCGCUGGAGGCGACCCACGCCUUGGAGAACCUGAUGGCUGACCAGCCGGAGCCGACGAUGCACACGCUGGCGCCGAGCGCCAUGCAGGAGUUCGUGAAGAACAAACAGAUUUACAACCAGUACCUGAAGGACGCGAGGAAAAAGCGCAAGGUCGAGGAGUACUGGGAGAAGCAGGGCGGGCGGCCGACCAAGGACUUUGACAUCUUCUUCGAAGACGACGCGGACAUCGGGAUAAAAGCCGGGAGCGGCUUGAAGUCCCCGAAGUACUCCGUGCACGACGUGAAGUCAGAAAAGCUGUGGCUCGCGCGACCGUUGGACGAUGACCCGGAUGUGGUUCGGGGGGUCACCGGGUUGCGGUACACGCACGACGAGAACAAGCCAAUACGGAAGAAAUUCAAGACGGCGCCCACGACGCAGGCGGAGGUGCGGGACUGCACGGCGCAGUUGCUUGACGCGCAGCUCAGUCUGAUCUCCUGCGGCCCGAAGAAGAUCGAUUUCGGCAAGGUGUUCGUGAAGAGUUCCAUCUCUAAGUCUUUUUCCAUCUUCAACGACCUGCCGCACAGCGUGCUGCUCGCCCUGCAACUCGAUGGAAUUGACGUGUUGUCGAAAACGACGCCUUUGUCGCAGGUGGUUCCCUCCGCGCACGCGUGCGGGUUCGACAUUGUGAUGAGCUCCCCGACGCCGAAGAUCCUGGAUAAGACCAUCACCUACACGAUCAACGGCUUCCACCAGCAGAAACUGCAGCUCUGCGGCGAGGUCACGCCGGUGACCCUCCUAUUACCGACUGCGGAACUGGUGUUCAACUUCGGCGACGAUUUGGACCGCACGCUGACGGAAACGAUCGUCUUGGAGAACCCGGGGAACGCCAUGGCGAGGUUUCACUGGCAGGUGCAGCCCGGCUCGGCCUUUACCGUGUCGCCGGAGAAGGGAACGGUGAAGCCGUACGCAAAUAUCGCCGUCAGCAUUUCCUACACACCUUUUCCGAACAGCACGAACGCAGAGACCUCCUUGACCCUCAAAAUCGAGGACGGUCUUGACCAGGCCAUUACUUGCAGCGGCAGCUGCCAGGAGGGGUUUGCGGUCUUUUCGCAGAAAAAAGUGGACUUUGGCGUUCUCUCCGUGGGCAGCACCGCCGAGAAGACGGCAACGCUGAAGAACGAGGGCGGUACGAACGCGGUCUUUUUCGUGGAAUCACAGCUCGAGGGCGUGACGAUCCAACCGCAGCGCGGAUCCGUGCCGAUCGGGUCGACCGCGGAGAUCACAAUAAGUGUAACCCUCGAGCAGCCCCAGGUCCUGGACUCCGUGGUCAACGUGUUGAUUCGCGGAGGGAAGACGAUCCGCCUGCCAAUAUCGGCGCAGGCGGUGGUGCCCAACAUCGAACUGGAAGAGGCCGAGUUUGAGUUCGGCAGCCUCACGCUCGGCGCGGUGCACACGUUGCCCAUGACCUUGCGAAACUCGAGCGCGGUGGAGGGGACUUUGUACAUCAACUUGCAGGACUACCCGGAGUUCACACUCACCGCGGUCGACGAUUCCGAUCCCGCGAUGGCUGUGUACUUCGAGCGACUCACCUACGACCAGUAUUUGACCAUGGUCGGUGGCGGCGAGAAGAAGGACAGCAAGGGCGGAAAGGGAAAGGGAGGAAAAUGUACAGUUUCGUUUUUGCGCAGGUUGUCGUUGUUGAAGUUGAUUCAGAUUGCGGGCGGGGUCAUGCUCGUUCAUUUUCCUCUGCUAUGAUUUUCUACAAAAAAACCGCUGAAAAUUGUAGCUUCAUGAAACACACUUUUCCAGCUGACGUUUUUGGCAUGUCCGGUGGUGGCAGUAAUGCUUUGAAGGCGCAGUUGGUCGAGGAGGACGACGAUGACGACGAGGACAGCCAAAUCUUCAAAUUGGUUGUGCCCGCAAACGGCACCCUCGCCUUGCAGCUCACCUACCAGCCCACCGACUUGGGCCAGCACUUUUUCGACCUGCCCAUUGUCGCCGCCGGCAACGCAAAGGCCCCUGGGUGCCAGCGCGUGGUGCACGGCAAGGCCCUCCGCCCGCGCAUGCUUUUCUCCACGACGACCUUCGAUUUUAAGACGAAAGUCGUUCCGACCGGCAUGCAAGGCCAGGCGUCCGUGCUGGAGCUGCACGUGCACAACGCGGACGACUUCCCGCUGUUGUGGCGCAUCGACACGGCCGGCAUGUCCGACGUGUUUGUGAUCGACCCGGUGUCGGGUCUCUUACCCCCGGAAGAGGACCAGGUGAUCAAGUGUUCCUUCCUGCCGAUCAAGCCGGUCCCGUACCAGGCGCAGCUCCCCGUCUACAUCUCUCCCCCGCGGCAGGAGGGCAGUCGCGCGGACGUGACGCAGCCGCUCCCGAUUGAAGACGACGCGUUGCCUUACCUGGAACUCCGCCUCCGCGGGCAGGGCUCGGUUCCGAAACUCACGUUCGACCAGCGGAUGAUUCAACUCCCCACCGUCCCGUUAGGUGUCACCGCUAAAGCGACCUUUAACAUCCUGAACGACGGUUACGAGUCCAUGGACGCGGAAUACCGGCUACCCGCCGAAUACGCGAAAAUCCCGCUGCAGGUUCGAUUCCCGGAGGGGCAGCAGUUGACCUUGAGCCGAACGAAACUACCGGUGGAGGUGGAGUUCUGCAGCACGAAGUCGCUCUCCUUCACGGCGAAGUUAGAGUUCGUGGACGCGGACAACCGGAGUUACGUGAUCCCGAUCUCCGGCACGGCGGACAACUGCGUUCUGUCCACGUCGCAGUACCUCAUGGAGAACACCGCAGACUACGCACUGGAGGGGGAGCAAAUUGUCACGUUGAAAACGUCCUCGCCCUGCACGCCGACGCACGAUUCCAAGGCGUACCAGGAGGGGGCGGACAGUCUAGUCAGAUGGCUGAACGGGGUAGCGUUUAAAGUGCCCAUCGAGAACUUCCCACAGGAUCUGAUCCUGCAGCAGGGCAAGCCGGUCUUCGAGAUGAUCGAAUUCUUUUCGGGGAAGAACGCUUUGACUACAGCUUUGAAGGAGAGGCCACAGGGCCACGCACCGGAGAAAGCCGACACGGGGAAGGCCGUGCCGAAGGAUCUGGUGAAAAUUAAUAGCACCAUCGCGGUGUACGAAAAGGCGCUGAACUUCUGUAAACAACACGGCUGUUUGCUCUCCAUGGUGCGCCCCGAAACGCUACUGUCGCAGGACUUGUUUGUCAGGUACUUCUGUGGUAUGAUGAAGUCAGUUUUGAAAACGGUUUCCUGCUAGAAGAAAUUAAUUUUUGCUGUGUUCACUGAGGAGCGUGGCGAAACCACUGACUUGGACAAACUAGACCGCUGGCUGAAAUGGAAAUCUCAUUUAUCAACACUUUCACUUUCGCAGGUACGUGCAAUUGACGGCAUCUAAGUCGAGCGGUGGGCCGGUUAGCAAGCGACAGCUGGAGAAGAACUACGUCGGACAGUCGCUCGAGUCGUGGACAAACUUCGUGCUGCAAGUGGUAAAGGUGUUUCUGCUGAACCGCGUCACGCCCAAGAGUUUCCGCAAAGAUUUACCGGGUAUGAUGCCGGAAGACGACGACGAUGAUCCGGGCGCAACGAAAAAGAUUCCGAUCGAAUUACAAACGUGUUUGGACGUUCGCGGGAUGGCGGAUUCUAACGUAUGUCUUUUGUUAUCUUCCGCGCAUGAUUUGAAUUUUCAGAACAUGAUCACUACAUCAGCUUUUUCUUCACGACCCGCUUUGCUGCGAGCUUGUAGUUGUUCCUCCGCUCCUUCUUCAAUCUUCAGUCGAUGUCGCUGAGCUUCGUAUACCUACGUCCAUACAAAUCGCAGGUUUACGGCGUGUCGGAGUCAAUCCUGCUUCGCUGGCUGAAUUACCACUUUUGGAAGAUAAACAACGUCGAGAGGAGGUUUCCGGCCCGCGUCGUCAACAACUUUGACACGGAUUUGCAAGACAUGUGCGUCUUCGGCAUGGUCUUGUGGUCACACGCACCACACAUUGGCGAUUCCCUGCGUGCGAUGAAGUAUAUUUACAUACUCACACGACGCAGUGUUUUUUUUUUCGCGCAUUUGGGCUUUGCAGAUGUGAGAAGCACGCGUUUGUGAACGGAAACGGCUUGCGAUUUCAAAGGAAGUCCUUGUCUUGAAAAAAUAUGGGAGCCAGACCGGUCAUGGUGGAAUUCGUAGCUUUUUUUUUUGCGAAAAAGCGCAUUGCUAGGUAGGAAGCGCAACGAGCACUAGGUCGGGAAAGAGAAAACGUGUUGUGGAUUGAAAGACAGCCUUCCAUCUCGGAAAAUUAGCGGACCCAGACCGGUCAUGGUGAAAAUUUGGAAGCUGCUUUUUUUUUGCAAAAAAGUGCGUCGCCGUACGGGACGACGAAGACUAGAUUUUCGCUCACGCGUGAGUCUACGCACAAUACGCAUUAAAAGCUACAGAUCUAGUUCAUAUUUUUCGCAAUUCUUCAGGUACCCCUGCACCACUGCCUUGCAAUUGCAGACGAAUGCGAACUGCGUCUUGCAGGGCCUACGGGAGUUGCAACUGCAGUACCCUCUGACAACGCAGGACAUUAUGCAGGACCCUAAUCCACGGGAUUUUCUGCUCCUCUCCCUCUUUCUGUUCCAAAACCUGCCACACUACGUGCCGAAGUCUACCAUUCUGUACCAGACCCUGCUGGGUACGAACCAGACCAAAAACAUCGAGCUGACCAACCCGAGCAAGCGGGUGGUGACUUACACGGGCACCCUUCGCGGGUCGGGCGAUUUCGUGGCGCUGCAGAAGGAACCGCUGCGCAUCGAGCCGAAACAAAGUUGCAACUUCCCCGUGCAGUUCGUGAGCAAGUUUACGCGCAGCAGUGAGGCGCAGCUGACCUUCACCAGUCGGCGCGAGGGCAACCAGCACGCGGCGGCGAUCACGUUCAAGCUGCAGAGCAAGUGUACCGGGAAGAAGCCGCGGAAGGUGAUCCACCAAACGGCGGUGGUCUACGAGGUCGGUCUAUCAACUGUAAAAAUGUCUGGGUCUGGAAGAUUCUGACGCUUGUCGUGCACGUUUUGCAUGAGCCAUGAUGUCUGUGAUGCAUACCCUAGCAAUACAGAUUUUUUGAGGGCUUCUUGAUGCGUAUUCCGCAUGACAAAUGCCUUCUCAGCAUAGCAAAAAUUGCAUUCCCUUUGGUAGUCAUGCAAUACAGAUUUUUUGGGAAUCCAAGGGCAGCAUCACAAGUUCGCAUCCUUCCAGACCCAGACAUUUUUACAUUUGAUACGGUCAGGAGGACAUCGAGAUCGAGAACCCCUACGGCGAGGACGCGGACUUCAAAAUCAGUGCGCAACCCUUCCAGAUGGUCACGGAGUUUGCGCACGCGUCCGCGCCGCCGGGGUCGGCGGUGACGACCGCUUUUGUAUCAAAAGAAAAAAUCCCCCCUCCCCAUAUCGAAACGAAGUUUCUGAUGCUGGAUUUCCAUACACAAAUCAGAUUUGUAUUGCAGUAGAGGAGUGCAGGCAUAUGUCAAGCCUCAGUUGAGAGGCUUUGACGUAGGCGCCUAGCAUGACAAACGUGUAUGCUCUAAGCCAAACAGCAUGACAAACCUCCUGCAAAAUGCGAAAGGCUUUCUGGACUUGCCUUCUUGCAAGACAGACAGGAUUUGAGGUCACAAAUGCGCAUCACAAAUUUUCAGACGGAUACGUUUUCGAUAUGGGGUGGGGGGAUUUUUCCUUUUGAUAUUUUGGGGAGGGCAACGAGCUGAUGAACAAGGCAGCGUUAUCCUAUUUAAAAACGUCCCCACCCCAUAGUUGUAAUGCAAAUCUACAUGCUGAAAAUGUUUCUCAUGCGGAGCCCCAUGAGAAGCAACUUCUAGUCGUGUUUUGCAAUUUGUCAUGCUCCAAUCAGCAUGGUGUGCUAGGUCUGUGAUGCUGCUGAGCUAGCUCAAACAGCACUACACUACGAGUCCAAAUUUGUGAUGCAAAACAGCCAAAACUUGUGGAUUUGUCUAGCCGAUUCCCCAUCUUGACUAUGGUGUGGGGACAUUUUUACUCAGGAUAAGCGUCGAGCCUGCAGCACCCGAUCGACCCGUUCCACCUGUCGCAAAACCACGUGAAGAUAAAAGGCAACGGGUCCGCGAAGAUUUCCGUCUCCUUCCUGCCCUUCGAAGUGGGGCACUUUGUCACCCAAUUGCAGUUCUACGACAGCAAGGCAGGCGAGUUCUACAUCGAGUUGCAGGGGAGUUCCUCCACGCCGGCACCGUUGGAACAGUUCAAGGUCGCCAUGAAGGUCGAGGAAGUGGGUUUGAAAGACAUUGUGAUCCCCUUCCGCAAUCCGCAGAUGGACAAGGCGCGCCAGUGGCUGGAGGCGAAACUAGUCCGAGAGGGGAAAACGCAGGCGGCGGUUUUGCAGGUGCUAAAACCCUUGCCCGACAAAGCGGUGUACGACAUACAACUGUCCUCACCCUACUACAAAUUUGCGUCGAAAGACCUUACCACCUACGCAAAGCCAGCCAACGAAGCGGAAAUGGCGGCAUCAGGGAAAUUGCAGCUCGAGUUCCGCCCGAAGGAGCCGGGUGUGUACCCGUGUAGUAUCACUCUGCACAGCAAUCUGGACACAAGGAUAUACCAGAUUGAAGGUGAGAAAUAAGGGUUUAGUAUGUGAGGUUGCUGCGUUUAGGAUUUAGGUUUAUUUCAUCGCUCUUGUGCCUGUGCGAAGUAGAUGUUGUGCAUUUUCUUUCACUCGCCGUUCGCGGACACGACGGACGCACCGAAGCAAUUCCAGUACCAGAAAAAAACAAAAGCGAACUUUUCACAGGUACCGGGACAGCGCCAAACACGAAGUGCGCAAUGACCUUCCACAGCCACGCACGCCAGGAGGUGAUACAAGAAAUACCAAUCGUAAAUCCAACACCAAACGACUGGCCGCUGAAGGCGAUCUUCACCUAUCCGCCAAGUAUAGCAGUGCUUUUCUUCUGCUAGUUUUUUUGAAAAGAAGUGUGCCAAAGAAAUGUAUGUCACUCACCCAGAUGCAGAUUGACUUAGAAAUAGAAUCUCACGUACAAGAUUUGCUAGCUAACUAGUGCUAAAUCCAUCACCUACUGAAGCCUAACUCAACGCCAAUCGUACUGAAAAUCAGCGGAGACCGGCGAACGAUUCUUCUCCGGCCCCAAUGCGAUUACCGCGUCCAAGCGGGGCGCGAGCGGCACUGCAACCACGACGUACUAUGAGUUGAAGUUCAAACCGUCGUGGGUGUGCGAGCAGGUGUGCCAUCUGGCUUUGGUCAAUGAGGGGGCAAACGAAACGUACGAAUACGAGCUCACCGGUACGGCGGACGAGCCUCUGGCAGAGGACCACGUGAUCAUCAUGUGUCAAGCGAGGGAGCGCACGGACCACGAAUUCAUGGUUCGUAACCACAGCAACAGGGAAACGACCUUCGAAGUCGAGUCCGACAUCCUGCAUAUCAGCGGACCCAGUCACGUUCGAGCAGUAUAGCUAUACUGCUGGUUUUGAAUAUGUUUCUUCUAUGCGAAAGACUUAAGCGAAGGAGGUUGAUAACGCUCUGUGUGGUGGAAGAGUGAACUGCUUUUUGUGGUUGACAUGCGUCAACGUUCAAAGUUACAAAACUUUUACAAACAAAAAUAUGUACAGGCUCCCGGCGAAACGGUGGGCUACAACUUGAGUUUUCUGCCGCUCCAGGCCGGCAACGUGACCGGGUGCAUCAUGUUUCGUGACAGCAACAGUGGGCAGUUCAGCUGGUUUACGGUGGAGGUACAAACUUCGCCGUCGAAGGCACAGCAGUCCCUCUCCCUGAGCUGUGUCGUGCGACAGGCGAUCGCAGUGGACAUUCAGCUGGUGAACCCGUUAGACGAUGUCAUUGUCUUUGACGUCACUUUGGUCGGCGACGGGCUGUUGGGCGAGCCGGAGUUUGUCCUCGCCCCGAAGGAGACCGCCACCUACGAGCUGGUCUUCUCGCCCUUCCUGCCGGCGAAGAAAAAGGGGCAAGCCAUUUUUGUGUCCGAGCGAGUGGGGGAGUUCUGGUACGACCUGGAACUAAUCGCGGAGCAGGCGCCCCCGAUGCAGCUCCCCAUGUUUGAGUGCGAACUCGGACAGCACGCGAGUACGGAGGUGAUCAUCGAGAACCCGACAGGGCAAGAGGUCACGCUGCGGGCGAAGAGUACGAACAAGAUCAAUUUCAAAGUGAUGCAGAGCGCGGUGUUUCUGCAACCCUUUGGACAGACCCCCGUGGAGAUCCGGUACUUUCCGUCCAGCAUUGAGAUUGUCGAGGAGGCAACUAUCACGCUUGAAAACCCGGCGGUCGGCAGCUGGGUGUACGUCAUGCAGGGCAAGGGGCACGCGCCAAGGGACGCGAAGGAGGUGAUCAGCGUGUCGCAGGUGCAGAGACCCGCAACCACAACCAUAACCUUCAAAAAUCCCUUUUUGGAGGCGGUCCAGGCCCUGGUGGUGCUCGAGACGCAAGCGCCGAAAAACGUGUUCAGCUUGCUGAAUAAGAAGGCACGACUACCCGUCGCACCGCUCGGAAGCUGUCAGAUACCGGUAGAUUUUUUCUUUUGUGGAGGUGCUUUCCGAAACACUCAAUACGCAAAAAUGAAAAAGAGCACAAACACCCAAAUUUUACUGCGGCUGGCGCUGUGCGCGGAAGGAGAUACAAAAACUGAACUGCUAGGAGCUGUCAGAGGCAACAGGCGCCUCAUCGACAUAGCGGGUUUGCAACGCCCAAAACACCGAAAAAAUGCGCUAAAAACCGAAAUAGCGUGGGGCUUGUGCAGAGAAAAGUUGUACCUACGAGACUGCUUGGCUUUUCUGAAAACGAGCACCCCAGCGGGGUAGCGGAUCUACAGGCACCGUCCAAAACGCAGAAAAAAUGCGCCAAGAACCGAAAUAGCGUCGGGCCUGUGCAGAGAAAAGUCGUACCCACGCGACUGCUUGGCUUUGCUGAAAACGAGCAAUCCAUCGGGGUAGCGGAUCUACAGGCGCCGUCCAAAACGCAGAAAAAAUGCGCCAAAAACCGAAAUAGCGUGGGGUCUGUGCAAAGAAAAGUUGCACAUACGCGACUGUUUGGCUUUGCUGAAAACGAGCACCCCAUCGGGGUAGCGGAUCUACAGGCGCCGUCCAAAACACAGAAAAAACGCGCCAAAAACCGAAAUAGCGUCGGGCCUGUGCAGAAAACAGUUGUACCCACGCGAUUGUUUGGCUUUCCUGAAAACGAGCAACCCAUCGGGGUAGCGGAUCUACAGGCGCCGUCCAAAACACAGAAAAAAUGCGCCAAAAACCGAAAUAGCGUCGGGCCUGUGCAGAGAACAGCUGUACCCACGCGACUGUUUGGCUUUGCUGAAAACGAGCACCCGAUCGGGGGAGCGGAUCUCCCGGCGCCGUCCAAAACACAAAAAAAAAUGCGCCAAAAACCGAAAUAGCGUCGGGCCUGUGCAGAGAACAGUUGUACCCACGCGACUGUUUGGCUUUGCUGAAAACGAGCACCCGAUCGGGGUAGCGGAUCUACAGGCGCCGUCCAAAACGCAGAAUGAGUGCGCCAAAAACCGAAAUAGCGUCGUGCUUGUGCAGAGAAAAGUUGCACCCGCGCGACUGCUUGGCGUUGCUGAAAACGAGCAACCCAUCGGGGUAGCGGAUCUACAGGCGCCGUCCAAAACACAGGAAAAAUGCGCCAAAAACCGAAAGAGCGUCGGGCCUGUGCCGAGAAAAGUCGUGCCCACGCGACUGUUUGGCUUUGCUGAAAACGAGCAACCAAUCGGGGUAGCGGAUCUACAGGCGCCGUCCAAAACACCGAAAAAAUGCGCCAAAAACCGAAAUAGCGUGGGGCCUCCCUGUGCAGAGAAAAGUUGUACCUACGCGAUUGCUUGGCUUUGAGGAAAACGAGCACCCCAUCGGGGUAGCGGAUCUACAGGCGCCGUGCAAAGCACAGAAAAAAUGCGCCAAAAACCGAAAUAGCGUCGGGCCUGUGCAGAGAAAAGUCGCACCCACGCGACUGUUUGGCUUUACUGAAAACGAGCAACCCAUCGGGGUAGCGGAUCUACAGGCGCGGUCCAAAACGCAGAAAAAAUGCGCCAAAAACCGAAAUAGCGUCGGGCCUGUGCAGAAAAAAGUUGUACCCACGCGACUGCUUGGCUUUGCUGAAAACGAGCAACCCAUCGGGGUAGCGGAUCUACAGGCGCGGUCCAAAACACAGAAAAGAUGCGCCAAAAACCGAAAUAGCGUCGGGCCUGUGCAGAGAAAAGUUGUACCUACGCAACUGCUUGGCUUUGCGGAAAACGAGCACCCCGUCGGGGUAGCGGAUCUACAGGCGCCGUCCAAAGCACAGAAAAAAUGCGCCAAAAACCGAAAUAGGGUCGGGCCUGUGCAGAGAAAAGUCGCACCACGCGACUGUUUGGCUUUGCUGAAAACGAGAACAUCGUCAGGAUAGCGGAUCUACAGGCGCCGUCCCAAACAGGCGAAAAAUGCGCCACGAACCGAAAUACUUCUCGACUGCUUGAGCUUCCUAGAAAGAAGCACCAGCACGUCCGGGUAGCGGGUCACCAAAAGGUUCUCAUAGUGCGGAAAAAAGGCGGUAAAAACCGCACCAGCGUGCGGCCAGCGUAGAACAUUUUAGCCGAGACGUUUUUUUUUGAAGCGAAGAGACGGAAAUUUAGAAUCUGUAUAAAAAAUUACAGGUCCAAUUUAAUCCGAGCAAUAUGGACGAGCAGACUGCGAAGGUAAUAGUAAGCGUUCUUCCAGGAGGUGCAGGGGGAAAAAUGUCUAGUCUUUCAGCGAGCAGUGCAACGGGUUCACUCGACGCUGGGAACAUGAUGAGCUGGACCUACCUGAUUAGAGGUACUUGCAAAUCAAUUCCGCUCUGUCUUGAUAAUCGUCUUGCAGCUUCUUGCGCGCCAGGGCUGCAACAUGUUUUAUGUUUUUCUUUCCUUGCGGUUUGUGGUGCACGAAAAAACGGGCUCUUUCCACUUCCAGCUUCAAUCGAAUGAAAGAACGCCUCACAUCACUUUUCUCUUUCAGGUAUUGCCGAGGCCCCGGUGAGCAGCACAGUCCACAACUUCAAAUGCCAGGCGCGAGAGACAGUGGACCAGAUCUACGGCUUCAAUCUCAUUGGUCUGGAGCUUGGCCCCGACGACAACCCCUUGGACCUGCUGCGUUGCGAACUCGAAGUCGGGUCCCAGCAAAUCGAACCUCUGGUAAACAGGUGUUUCCAGAUUGAAAUCGCGGAGCCCGCGGACGAGAAUGCGGAAGGGGAAAACGGGAAGCCAAGGUCAAGUCAAACCGACCGGUCGGCCGCUAGUCUGACCAAGUCCGCCACCAGUAGCUACGGCGCGCCGAACGCCGACAAGGAUUCACAGGGCGCGUUAGUGAACAUGCGGGUGCUCUUCGCCCCACUGAGGCCCUUUAACACCUCCGCGUUCCUUCUGUUUUCAAAACUCAAGGGCGGCGGCAGGUGGCGGUUCAACCUAAACCUGACCUCUUUAGAACCCGCAGUAGACGACAUCAUCGAAAUCGAGUCACCAUUGAAUAAGCCCGCGAGCGUGGCGUUCAAACUCUGUAUUGCUUCCACUGCUUUUGCUUUCGGUUUCGAUUGGAUCUCGAUUCUGAUUAUGUCUUGCGAGUUCCUGUGACUUUGUCGAGUAUUGUUGAAAUAACAACGACUGAAACAGGUAAUCACACUGCCUCCUAUGCGGAAUUCGACGCCUUCUUCGAUAGUGACGCGGCCGCCGAGUUCACUGUGAGUCCAACGCAGGGGGUCUUAGAACCCGCCGGGAAUCCGCAGGGCACGACGUUUGUUGUGAGCUACCGGCCCACGGAGUACGGCAAGCAGGUGCAGGGACGGUUGAUCAUUCAAACCGAGGACGUUAUGUGGAGCUACAUGGUGAAGGGAUUGCAUCCCAAGUACAUCGCUCCGGUGGUGGAUAAACCGCGGGUUUCGACUCGGCUGUCGCGCGACCUGGCGUCGCAGCUGGGACACAGGAACGAGAAGAAGAAGAACUUCAUCAAAACGAACAUUAGCGCCACCAAAAGCCUCGCCCAGGCCGGCAUGAAGUGAUGAAGUUUUUCGUUUUCAAAUAUUCAGAAUGAAUCUUUCAAGGCAAGAACUCCCUCGCUAUUUAUUAUAGCCUUCCUCAAAUGCAGUUGUACCAUUUACAGAUGCGUCUUCAGCUACGUGUUCGCUUUGACAAGCGAGUGCGAGAUGAAACACUUUAGAAACAUCGCGAAUUGAGUAAACACUAGAACUCGAAUGGAAACCACUUACAAACUUGUUCUUCUUACGCUAAAAAAACUAAAUGGAAUAAUUUACCGAAACAGAAAUUGACACUUAUCUUCGUUUAGUGCUAUCUGCGCACGAAUGACUGGUAGAUGAGAGACAACUAACUGUUUCUCCUGCUGGGUCUAAACGUCUCACGUUCUGCUUUAUUUCAAAUACUAACUGCUAGUAUCCUGGUUAUUAGAAGUUUGUUAAUACAGCGCGAGUAGAGGCGGGUCGUGCGGGUGUGCUUCCUUGCGACCCGGGAAGUCGAUUACUCUAGCGUUUUGCUGGAACCUUGUGAAUGAACUCUCUGAAUGUAUGCACACUGCGGUAUUAAUCUGAGAAUAAAGCAUGAGCAGAAAAAGAGAAACUCUCUCGUUUAGCACGCGAUCGAAUGUAUUGGCGAGCACCUCACAGAGCC